AUGGAAACGCCUGUGUCUUUGGUGUUUUUCAGCAGCUGCUGGGGGUUGGUGGCACUGGGCUGCAACCGUGCUCCUCCAGUGUGGCAAACCUUAGUGAAGGGCCUGUGUGAGCCCGUUGUGCUUCUCAGACGUUACUUGUGGUUGGUGCUAAAUUACGCACAGUGGAGGUUGAGAGCGCGCCUCCGUUCGGGGUCUGGGGGACCGGUGCUUUCUCUGAUUGCUUCCCUGCACUUCAGCGGGACCGAGCUGCACCUCCCGCGGCAGUUUGGAGACUGCCAAUCAUCACAAGUACGCAAAUUCUCAGCCCCGUUUCCACCGGCGCAGCUCCUCCUGCCUCCACUGCUCUGGAUUGACCCCACAGGCCAGCGUCGCUCCAGUUGUGGACACUGA